CCCCCUUAGACUUUCAUCAUGGGUGUGGCGCAGCAAGGGCAGCGAGGGUUUGCCCUCAGUGUUGCCUUCUCUGGGAAUUAUGGGGGUUUGUGAUCCAGACCACUUGUUAACAUUGUUGUUGGAUAACACUGGUGAUUACAAUAAUGGUAAUACUUUUUUGUUUUAAUUAAUGAACAUCCGAUCCGCUGCUCUGACGUCUCCAAUACAUAUUAUUUUUAAUUGAUGCAAUUGUUUCGGAGGUUCUUUAUGGUUCUUGGAUUCAAGUAAUGGUAACAUUGCUAUGUAUACUUCCGAAAAGUAUAUCUUGCCGUAUGUUCGCCAGUGCUUGUCGUUUUAAGACUAAGUUUUAGAAUCGGUCUUAUUGAAUUGGGCGAAGCUUUCCCGUCGAAUUCGAUCACGAAAGUGAUAGUGCUACAACACCCAGAUGGUAAUGUAUGCUUAUGAAUUCGAUCACGAAAGUGAUAGUGAUACAACACCCAGAUGGAAAUGUGUGCUUGUGAAUUCGAUCACGAAAGUGAUAGUGAUACAACACCCAGAUGCCAAUGUGUGCUUAUGAAUUCGAUCCAUGUCACUUGUUUUGAAAUCUUUUGGCAAAAGUUUUGUCAGAUUUCUACAAUUUUUUUUUUUUUUUUUUUUACAGCAACUAUUCAUUUUCCGUGAGAAAAGAUAGAACUAGUUCAUCCCAUCAUGGAAUACGAUACAAACAAAGAUAAAAGUAGACCUCUGUGACAAUCAAAAUAUUUGGAGUAAGAGUGUUGCUUUCGGUACAUUUGAUCCAUGUCACUUGUUUUGAAAUCUUUUGGCAAAAGUUUUGUCAGAUUUCUACAAUUUUUUUUUUUUUUUACAGCAACUAUUCAUUUUCCGUGAGAGAAGAUAGAACUAGUUCAUCCCAUCAUGGAAUACGAUACAAACAAAGAUACAAGUAGACCUCUGUGACAAUCAAAAUAUUUGGAGUAAGAGUGUUGCUUUCGGUACAUUCAUUUCUUUCGUAGUUCAAAUAUUACAACUAGAACAUUAUUAUAAGGUUGUUAAAAUGGAGUUUAGUGACCAGAUACUGGUCUUGUUUUGCGCCUGUGUCGUAAAGAAAUACAUUUAGCAAAUGCUGCUUUAAAGUUCUAGGUCCGCAUACCUGAACCGUGGUGACAGUCGAUGUCCUAGGCCCAGGCCCACGCCCGUCGGUGUUCAUGGCGUCGACAUCCGACCUGGAAAAUCAUGAGGAUUUUUCUUUCCAGACCUUAGGGCCUCGGCUUAGCUUUCCCGGACUACGAGACACAAGUGGUCAAUGUUAUGACAUGGGUGCCAAGGGGGUUAGUUUCAUAGUUAUCUAUGGCCGGAAAAAAGAAUUUUUUUUAAAGAACGCCGAUGAUAUACAUUCAAUUUAGUUAACUCGCGACACAAACAGAGACACCAACAUAGACAUCAACAUAGACAUCAACAUAGACAUCAACAUAGACAUCAACAUAGACAUUAACAUAGACAUCAACAUAGACAUCAACACAGACAACAACAGGGCAUAACACAUAGAUCAACAUAGACAUCAACAUAGACAUCAACAUAGACAUCAACAUAGACAUUAACACAAAAGUCAACACAGACAUCAACACAGGCAUCAACACAGACAUCAAGACAGACAUCAACAAAGGCAUCAACAUCGACAAUAACACUGAUAUCAACACAAGCAUCAACACAAGCAUUAACAUAAGCAUCAACAUAGAUAUAAACAUAGAUAUCAAAAUUGACAUCAACAUAGAUAUCAACACAGACUUCAAGAUAGACCUCAACACACACACAUCAACACAGGCAUCAACAUAUACAUCAACACAGGCAUGAACACAGACAAGAAUUUAGACAUUAACAUAGAUAUCAAUAUUUACACUGACACAGACAUUAACACAGAAAUCAACAUAGACAUGAACAAAAACAUCAACACAGACAAGAACAGAGACAUCAACUCAGGCAUGAACAGAUGCAUCAACACAUACGUUAACACAGACAUCAACUUAGACAUAAACAUAUUAAUCAACACAGACAUCAGCACAGGCAUCCAUACCGACAUCAACAUAGGCAUAAACAUAAACAUCAACACAAAAAUCAACACAGGCAUCAACAUAGACAUCAACAUAGACAUCAACAUAGAUAUCAACAUAGGCAGAAAUAUAACACAGAAAUUUACAUAAACAUCAACACAGACAACUACACAGACAUCAACACAGACAUCAACAGAGACAUCAACGUAGCCAUCAACACAGGCAUCAACAUAGAAAUCAUCAUAGAGACCUGAGUCCAAGUAGUUGGGUUCUUUAUAAAUGCUUUAUAAGUGCUUUAUAAUUCUUUAUAGCAGUGGUUCUCAACCUUCCUAAUGCCGCGACCCUUUAACACAGUUUCUCAUGUUGUGGCGACCCCCAACCACAUUUUUUUUUCGUUGAUGCUUCACAACUGUAAAGUACAUGGGUUUUUCCGGUGGUCUUAGGCGACCCCUGUGAAAGGGUCGUUCGACCCUGAAAGGGGUCGCGACCCACAGGUUGAGAACCGCUGCUUUAUAGCAUCACAUCAGCUGGUUACUACCUACGUAGCAGUCGCAACCUCCAGGUCCGUCCAGAAAAAUUGUAAUCGAUUUUGCAUACAAUGUAUUGUUAUAGUGUGUUGGGCGGGGGAACACUACAAACAAAUAAAACAUUUCAGUGUUCUCUUCAAUACUGGGACUGUUUGGCUCAGGUGUGACAAAAAGAUAAUCUUAGUUGUUACUUGGUUGGUUUGUAAAUAAGUCAUACAAAUAGCUAGUGCAUGGUGGAUUGGCUUUAUUUGGACAAGUACGGGUAAUCUAACAAUUAGUAUUUGUUUAAAUUUUUAUGUAAAUCAAGACAAAUUUCUUGGCUUAAAAAACAGCAGCAUACUGACACCUUAUUUUUGCGAUUAUUAUUGUUAUUAUUAUUGUUGUUAUUAUUAUUAAUAAGGUGGUUUUAUUUAGCGCAGUAGCCAAGCCUAGGGCGCAGUAGCCAAGCCUAGGGCUAAGUUCACUGCGCUUCAUAUAAAAAUUAGCAGAUACAGAAAAUUAUACAUUUGAAAACAACAAAUGGUAAAAAGCCUGACCUCACCCGUCCAAGUUCUAUUUACUGUCCAGUCAUGGACAGCACAAAACAGCAUCGAGUGUUGUUUAUCAGUUAGAAAAAAAAAAGGGGGGGGGGUGAGAAUAAGUCGUUAUAGUAGAGUUUGAAGAGAUGGGUCUUGAGUGCAGUUUUAAAGGCUGGGAUCCUGGGGAUAUUGCAGAUGUGUCAUGGGAGAGAAUUCCAGUGUUUGAUUUUUGUUUUUGUAUUUUGUUUGUUUGUUGUUUUUUGGGGGGUAGGGGGAGAAAGAGAAAGAUCGUUCACCAUAGGUUUUAGUGCGUGUUCUGGGAACAGAAAGAACGCGCGUCGUCUGCGGAGGAACAAAGCUUUCGAAGGGGUUUGUCACAGAUCAAAUAUUUAGAUAUCAAUUUUGUUUCGGAAAAUAAAAAUAAAAAAUAAAUAAAUAGUUAAUCUCAUAAAAAUACACACCUCUUUACUUUUUGCCAAGUAACAACAAAAAUAUAUUUUCAUUUUAAUAAAAAGCAAAUAUUAUCCCAUAUUCAUUUGUCAAAAUUGACUUUUCAACUGGGUAAAAUAAUCGGGUUUUGAUAUUUUGGAUAUACUUAUAUAAAUGUACCCAAGAUUUGUUAACGCCAUUGAUUUUCUUAAUCGGUAAACAUUAUGUUGAUUUGUAAAAAGAGAAUUUAACAUCUCUUUUUUUUCACAAAUGUAAUACCAUAGGAUUUAAAUAUAUUGUCAUCCACGUAAAAAGUACACAUCCCUUUUCCUAUCUCCGAUAUGUAUGUACCUAAGAGGGUUAAUAAUUAAUCAAAUUAAUUCCUUAAUUUUGGGACGUAUCUUGUAUUGCCUUGGGCAAAAUGAACAUACCAAUAUUUGUAAAAAGAGAAUGCAACAUCUCCUUUUUCUCCAAUGUAAUUCCGUAGGAUUUAAAUAUAUUGUCAUCCACUUUAAAAUGUACACAUCCAAUUUUCUACCUCCGACAUGUAUUUACCCAAGAAGGUUAAUUAUUUAUCAAAUGCAUUCCUUUAUUUUGAGACGUAUCUUGUGCUGCCUGGGGCAAAGUGACCAAGCCCUCCCCCACCCAUAUUUAAAUAAAUAAAAAAAUCUUCCACCGGAUUGUAGCCCCUUCCAUACCUAAACCAACAUCUUUAGCACUUCAUAUGAUUCGUUCUUAUUUGUAUGAGGCAUAAGUAGAUUAGUGAAAGCUAUUUGGCUAUGGAGUUGCACUGCACUGCUUGACUUAAACCGCAUCUUAUUAGAAUUAUAUUUAAAGGUUAGUUUUUAUUACGUUAUAAAUUUAAUAAAAGUAUAUUUUUGAAAUCAAAACAGGCAAAACUUUUUAAACGUAAAAAUAUACAAAGCAAAAAUGUGUGUGUGUUUUAUUAACAAUUUAAAAAGCAAUCAAUUGUAUUUAUUAAUUUUACUUUUAGAAGGGAAAAUACAUUAUCAGUUUUGUCACGCGCGGUUAUUAAAUUUAAAGAAACCUAAGAGUUUUGGCGAACUAGGCUAUUCGCGCUAUGACGUCAUUUGCAGACUUCCGGUUAGAUGGGAUUAGUGUACAUGUUUCUUCUUCUUCUUCUAUAUCUUUUUUUUUUGUUGAUGAGGAAUAUUUCUUUGACUAUGACAUUAUUAGUCAAGUAAAUCCUCAACAAACUGUGAUGUAUAAUCUAAAAUGUCCCCAUUGCUGGUCAAGGGAUGAGCCAAAUGUCACCAUUGCUGGUCAAGGGAUGAGCCAAAUGUCACCAUUGCUGGUCAAGGGAUGAGCCAAAUGUCACCAUAGCUGGUCAAGGGAUGAGCCAAAUGUCACCAUAGCUGGUCAAGGGAUGAGCCAAAUGUCACCAUAGCUGGUCAAGGGAUGAGCCAAAUGUCACCAUAGCUGGUCAAGGGAUGAGCCAAAAGUCACUGUCUUCAAUAUGUUUAGCUAAUUAUGUGAUUUCGGGGUUUGUGCUGCAUUGUUGAUAUUCGGCGCCAUUUUUGUUACCACUUCCUGUCUUACUUGAAGCGUAGCAAAACUCUAUUCCUGUGUGUGCGCUCAGACUGAAACACACGGAGUGACUUGUGGUAUGUUCAAAUACAAUAUUACACUAUAUACAAUUGUGGUAACGGCUCUGGUAAAUAAAUUGAUCAUCUGUGAUGCCGAGAGACCAGAAAUAGGCCUUAUAUAUGACAAUUUGAACUUCAGUAGGAAGACAAUUUUCCGCAUAGCUGGUACUGCUCACUGUGUGUUUAUAGACAUUGUACAUAGAGCAUCUCGAUCAUGCUCUACUCAGAGGCCCUUAGGCCGUCAGAGACUGGUACUAUUGUAUCUGGCCUGCAUCCUCCUGGAAAAUUCGUACUCCAACCCUGGACCGAACGUUACUACUAGUGCUGGUGGUUCUCCCUUGCAUACCCCAUCAUGUUCCAAAUCCCAGUCAUCAUGGAUCUGCGGAGCAUGUGACCAUGUUGUGCAUGUGGAGGACAGAGGCGCUGCCUGUGAACAAUGUGGGCAAUGGUUCCAUCGUCAAUGCCAAAGGAUCGACACAUCUAAUUACAACCAACAUGCUAAAAAUUCUGACGUGCCAUGGCACUGUACUGUCUGCGGCUGUCAGAUUAGCAAGUCUGUGUUCGACCCACAUAGUGCAGGGACAGACUAUACCUUCCCAGAUUUCUCUCUGAAUCACUCAAUCUCCACACCAAGAGACUUUCGAAGUUUUCAAUCACCACACUGCUCUACUCCUAUGCGCUGCAGUCAACAAGACAAAUGGAGUUACAAGCCAUUGCGCAUAUUGAAUGUAAACUUCCAGUCUGCAAGUGGUAAGAGAGUAGAGAUAGCAAACCUAAUUAACAGCCUAAAACCCGACGUCAUCUUGGGCUCAGAAACAUGGCUGAAUCCCUCCAUAGCAAACGCAGAGGUUGUACCAGAUAUGUACAAAUUAUUCCGUCGAGACAGAAAAGACAGAGGAGGAGGAGUGCUUGUUGCUGUCCAUCACAACCUGGACUGCCACGCUGUUCCAAAACUCAAUGUUGACGACUGCGAACUCCUGUGGGUAAAAUUGAAACUAAAGGGUAGACGCACACUUUACGCGUGUGCCUAUUACUGACCAAACACGGCAGAUGAACCAAGCCUGAGGAGGUUCGAGGUAUCGCUUCACAGAGCAACACAGUCAACAAACGCUUUUCUCCUUGUAUGGGGGGGGGGGUAUUUCAACUUUCCUGGUUGGAAUUGGCAGAUGCCUGCCUUGAAGCCCAAGUCCCCAUACCCUGUUCUACACUCAGAAUUCAUGGAGAUAAUUAACAACAAUUUUUUCUCCUUGUAUGGGGGGGGGGUAUUUCAACUUUCCUGGUUGGAAUUGGCAGAUGCCUGCCUUGAAGCCCAAGUCCCCAUACCCUGUUCUACACUCAGAAUUCAUGGAGAUAAUUAACAACAAUGGUCUGGAACAGCUGGUUAAAGAACCCACGAGGGGGGGGGGGGACACUCUUGACCUAUUCCUCACCAAUUGUCCACAUCGUGUCCCAAAAGUUGAGGUCAUCCCCGGGAUUUCGGACCACAGCAUUCCUUAUUGUGAAUUUCAAGUCAACACACUAAAAAUGAAACAAAUCAUUCGAGAAAUCCCAAUUUAUGCGAAGGCAGACUGGGUUGGCCUAAGGAUUGCAACCACAGAGCUAAGCUCAAACAUACAGGGGAUUCAAGGUAGAGCGACAACAGACGAGCUGUGGGUGAAGUUCAAGACAACAAUCACUGAUGCAGUGAAGAAAUUCAUACCACACAAGAUCACCAAACCUAGGAUAAAUCAGCCAUUGGUCACGGCUGAAAUCCGUAGGCUCAUCCACAGGAGAGACCGCCAAUACAAACGUAUGAAGAAAAAUGGCUCGAUUGAACUGAGAGAGGAGGUACUGAGACUCCGCCGAACCAUUCAACGCUUAUUGCGUAGAUCGUAUUGGAACUACAUGAACGGCAUCUUCUCAGAGGAAGACACCCCGACCAAGGAUGUCAAGAACAAGCGCUUCUGGAGCUAUGUGAAGCACCAAAAGUCCUCAAACGCUGGAGUUUCCCCCUUGAGGCGGGAUGGCCAGUUGACAUCUGACCCAAAAGCACAGGCUGACAUACUCAAUCAGCAGUUCCAGUCUGUCUUUGGUGACGGUAGAGAGUACUCUGAGACUGAGUUCCUUCUGAAGACCAAAAUGAUGAACAGAGCCUACCCUAUCAUGGGAGAUAUCCAGAUAUCAGAACAAGGUGUGUUUGCCCUCCUCAAUACCAUUAACCCUUACAAAGCAUGUGGUCCUGACAACAUCAAACCACGAGUGCUCAAAGAAUUAGCCAAAGAAAUCGCUCCUGCACUGACAAUCCUCUUCCAAUCGUCACUAUGCACAGGAAAUGUUCCAGCAGACUGGAGAACAGCGCAUGGAGCAUUCCGCCCUGCCAACUAUCGUCCGAUAUCCCUCACCAGCGUCGUCUGCAAACUGUUGGAGCACAUAAUCGUAAGCACAGUCAUGAAGCAUCUUGAAAGCCAAAAUAUACUCAAUGACUGUCAACAUGGCUUCCGAGUCAAUAGAUCAUGUGAGACCCAGCUUCUCGAAUUUGUAGAAGACUUGAUGACCAAUCUGGAGAACCACAAGCAGACUGACGUGCUAGUAAUGGACUUCGCAAAAGCAUUUGACCGGGUGAAUCAUAGUUUGCUUCUACACAAACUCCAGAUAUAUGGGAUUCAAGGCACCACUAAAACAUGGAUCUCUAGCUUCCUCAGCCACCGACGCCAAGCAGUAGUGGUGGGCGGUACAAGCUCCUCCUUUGUCAAUGUGAAGUCAGGGGUCCCCCAGGGAUCAGUCCUGGGCCCCUGUUUGUUCCUAGCAUACAUUAAUGACCUACCGGAGAAACUGACAUCACAGGCAAGACUGUUUGCAGAUGACACAGCAGUGUAUAGGACGAUCGCCAACAGAUCUGACCAGGACCAGCUACAACAGGAUCUCAAUCUGUUAGCUGAGUGGGAGAUGAGCUGGGACAUGGAAUUUCACCCUGCCAAGUGCCAGACACUAUCAAUCUCUAGAAGUUGUACUCCUCUACACUACCAAUACAAACUGCACGGCCAUAUUCUUGAGCAAGUUUCCUCCGUAAAGUACCUGGGUGUUACCAUUCAAAGAGAGGUCCGCUGGGACGAGCAUAUUAACAAUGUAUGUAACCAAGCAAACAAGACCCUAGGGUUCUUAAGGCGAAAUCUAAAGAUUGGCAACUCCUGUGUGAAAGAAAGAGCAUAUAAAGCCUUUAUCCGUCCGAUUUUAGAUUAUGCAUCUUCAGUCUGGAACCCAUUUACACAGAAGAGCAUUGACAGGUUGGAGGCGGUCCAGCGACGAGCAGCACGCUUUGUCCUAAACCGCUACAGGAAUACCUCUAGUGUUGGCAGCAUGCUAGAAACACUAGGCUGGUCACCAUUGGAGAAACGACGACGACAAUCCAGGCUCUCCAUGAUGAACAAGAUAAAUAAUGGGCUGGUCCACUGUUCCAGUAUUAAACAGAAACUCGUCCCUCUCCCCCAUAGACAGCGACGAGGCCAUGACAGGCAAUUCAGGCUCAUACCAGCAAGAAGCCAGUGUAGGAGCUGCUCAUUCCUGCCCAAGACAAUCAGGGACUUGAACCAUCUUUCAAAAGGAACGGUUGACGUGACAACACUAGACACAUUUGUGUCUAUUGCCUCAAGCCUUCAAACCCCUAUUGCAUGAUUCCCUCACAAAGUGGCACUGGAAAUCAGUGAAAUUUCCUCAUCAACACCAGUAACAGAAACAUUGCAAAUCCCGUCUACGUGCAUAGGAGCCAAAAUGAUCAAUAAAUUGAUCGUGGGCCCUUAAGAUACAGAAGAAGAAUUUUAAUUUUAAUUCGUAAUAUUAACAACGCACUAAAAGACGCACUAAAAGACGCACUAAAAGACGCACUAAACACGACCGAUGCUUGGGUUUUCCCGAUACAUGUGAUUACGGUGUAAUUCUUUAAUUUGUUUAUUUUUUCAUAACUUUCAAACACAUAUAAAAUUCUUAAAAUAGUUCCUUAGUUGAUACUUUCAAUGUAUUUUGUAAUUUAUAAUAAAAAUACUUAAACUUUUACUAAAAUAAAAGCAGAUUUAGAAUAUUUUUUGCGCAUUUACAUUUAUUCAAUUUCCGUAAAAAAAAAAGAAAAUAACUAUGAUUGUUUUUAGGAAUCAGAACGUACUUAAAUCCUAUCUCCCUUUUAGCGUUAUGUUACUCUAGCUCAUUCUUAUAUCUACCAUCAGGGCCGUGUAUGGAUGUGGGUAGGGGGCGACGGCACCGGGCAACAUUUUCAAAGACGACAAGAUCGUCAUUUUUUGGGCAGUGUGCUAAGUUCAGUCUUUGCCCAGUUAACAACUUUAUCUUGCCACGGUCUCUGAAUAGCACACCAUGGCCCUUAACACUAAAACCAUGGCCCUGAAAAGUAAAACCAUGGCCCUGAACAGUAAAACCAUGGCCCUGAACAGUAAAACCAUUGCCCUGAACAGUAAAACCAUGGCCCUGAACAGUAAAACCAUGGCCCUGAACAGUAAAACCAUGGCCUGAACAGUAAAACCAUGGCCCUGAACAGUAAAACACCGACCCUGAACAGUAAAACCAUGGCCCUGAAAAGUAAAACCAUUGCCCUGAACAGUAAAACCAUGGCCAUGAACAGUAAAACCAUGGCCCUGAACAGUAAAACCAUGGCCCUGAACAGUAAAACCAUGGCCCUGAACAGUAAAACACCGGCCCUGAACAGUAAAAUCACGGCCCUGAACAGUAAAACCAUGGCCCUGAACAGUAAAGCCAUGGCCCUGAACAGUAAAACCAUGGCCCUGAACAGUAAAACAUCGGCCCUGAACAGUAAAACAUCGGCCCUGAACAGUAAAACAACGGCCCUGUAUAUUAAAACCAACAUUUUUAUUUUGUCCUUAUGUUUUUCAGAGCAUGAGUUUCAGAGCACCAUUUCAGUCGGUGGCUGUGGCAGCUGUUGCAGUAUUAUUUGCACUGAGUGAGAAAUUAGAGUUUGGAAAAUUGUUUUCUGGUUGUGCUACUCGUGUCGUUGAAUGUCUUGUCCGUCUUUGUCAAAUACACCAUUAUAACUGUUUUAAUGUCUUCUUUGUAGUGGCUUACAAUAGUUUAUAUUUUUACAAUCGUUUGCAUGUCUUAUUUGUAGCGGCAGAUUCUAGUUUAUAUUUUUGAUGACGUUAUGGUUCUAAUGUUUGUUUAGUUUUUUUUCUUUUUAUUGUGAAUGUAAUUAUGAAAUAAAAGUAUGUGCAUUUUGCGAUUAUGUUUAUAAAUGUGUGCAUGCAUUGAAUGUAGCUGUUUGUAUGUAUUAUAUGAAUUUGUGUGUGUGAUAAUGUUUGUCACAUCAACAUAGAACCUGUAACAUAUUGUUACUUAAUUGCGUUUUCACUUAAUUCACUCUCGUCUUAGUGGAACUACAUCCACAUCUAAAAUUAGUAACAAAUUAAAUUCAUUUUCUACCAAUCGAAAUUCAGCAUUUUAAUAUGGAUUUAAAAAUAAGAUGAAAUAAGACGAUAUAAGAUGAACUUUAUUUAUUUUUUUAAAAAACAUUAAAACACAACUGUUUAUUUGACUUGUUAAUUGUUAAUGCGAGUUGUUGGGGACGUAGUGUUGCUAGAUGUUCAUAUCCCCGUUGGUCACGCACCUCCGAUAGGCAAACAAUUUGACACUGAUGUCAUUGUAGGGUGCUCGCACUGAGAUCACAUGGCCACAGGGGGCGUCCAAUGGUGGACACAAACAGGUGAACAUGUAUAUGUGCAUUGGAAAACAUCCACCCAUCCACCCCAGUGGCGCUAUAACUUAUUUCGGGGUGCUUUGGCCUCUCACACCAUUUUCUUCCAAAGUGAUGCUUUUCUUUUCCAUGCUUUGUUUCCCAGCUGUUGUAGAUUUUUGUUCCACAUCAACCCUCCAUCUAAGCCUAGCCGUUUUCCUCUUGGGUUUUGGUGGUGCACCCUCUUCCCUCCUCUGUCAUUUGGCAUUCUCUCUAAGUGUUCCGUCCAACGUACCCUUACUCCCCCCCCCCUCCCACUUUUUUAUUUUAAAUCUCCGCUACUAGUUUAGGACCCUGAUAGAGACUACACAAUUCCUGGCUCCUAUUCCCCUACCAUAUUCAUCCUUUCAUUUUUCUCUAGAUAUUUAAAAACUUCCCAUAUGUUAUUUAAAAUUUCUACCAUUGGUCUCCUACCUAGUGUCUGCCGCACCGGACCAGACCAUCAGACGUCGACGUAGCGCAUCGACAUUAUGUAGGGCGAUGAUGGAGUACACAGACAGAGAUUGCCUCGAGUACCUAAACUACGGGUGUUUCUGCGGACCGGGAGGAACUGGGGACACUCCCAAAGACGACGUGGAUCAGUAAGAGCUUGAUAAGCACAGUGAUAUCAUGGCUUUUAAAAGUUCAUUAAUGAAAAGUGGAUUAGUAAUUGCAUGAUAACUACAGUGGUAUCAUGGCUUUAAAAAGUCCAUUAAUGAAAAGUGGAUUAGUAAUUGCAUGAUAACUACAGUGGUAUCAUGGCUUUUAAAAGUUCAUUAAUGAAAAGUGGAUUAGUAAUUGCAUGAUAACUACAGUGAUAUCAUGGCUUUAAAAGUUCAUUAAUGAAAAGUGGAUUAGUAAUUGCAUGAUAACUACAGUGGUAUCAUGGCUUUUAAAAGUUCAUUAAUGAAAAGUGGAUUAGUAAUUGCAUGAUAACUACAGUGGUAUCAUGGCUUUAAAAGUUCAUUAAUGAAAAGUGGAUUAGUAAUUGCAUGAUAACUACAGUGGUAUCAUGGCUUUUAAAAGUUCAUUAAUGAAAAGUGGAUUAGUAAUUGCAUGAUAACUACAGUGGUAUCAUGGUUUUUAUCAGUUCAUUAAUGAAACGUGGAUCAGUAACUACUCAAUAAGUACAAUGAUAUCAUGGUUUUGCAAGUUUCAUUAAUUAAUUAAUUAAUUAAUGAAAGGGAAUGGCUUUUACCUUAGCUCAUCCCAUUUGAUGUAUAUACGAAUAACAUACAAUGUCCCAUGACGACAUCACAUCAGUGGUCAUGUCAUCUAAUCUGUCACCUUCCCACCAGUCAUGACAUUUAAUCAGUCACCUUCAAUAUGUCACGUUCCCCCAUUCUUGUCAUCUAAUCUGUCACGUUCCCCCAUUCUUGUCAUCUAAUCUGUCACGUUCUCCAAUUCCUGUCAUCUAAUCUGCCACGUUCUCCCAUUCAUGUCAUAUAAUCUGUCACGUUCACCCAUUCAUGUCAUCUUAUAUGCCACAUUCCCCCAUUCAUGUCAUUUAAUAUGUCACAUUCCCCCAUUCAUGUCAUCUUAUAUGCCACAUUCCCCCAUUCAUGUCAUUUAAUAUGUCAUAUUCCCCCAUUCAUGUCAUCUAAUCUGUCACGUUCCCCCAUUCAUGUCAUAUAAUCUGUCACGCCCCCCCCCCGCCCUAAGGUGCUGCUACCAACACGACGAAUGCUAUGGCAGUGUGCACGGCUGCGAUUUCAUUAUAUAUUUCGUCUAUAAUAAAAUACAAUGUUCUGGAGGGAGCUGUAACUGCACUGGUAAAACACAAGGCGUUAUUCUAUUCUUGAUGUAUGUCAAUAUAUUUCUAUAAGAAUGAACUAGGUUGACCGUAACGCUACAGAAACGAAUUUGAAGACGUUCGGACUUUUAAAAACCAUUGCAGUGAUUUUCUGCCGUCAGUUCAGAUUGCCAUUAGUUCAGAUUGCCAUUAGUUCAGAUUGACAUCAAUUCAGAUUGCCAUCAGUUCAGAAUGCCAUCAGUUCAGAUUGCUAUCUGUUCAUACUCCCAUCAGUUCAGAUUGUCAAAGCUUCAGAUCGCCACAAAGCAUGUCACAUUCAGAAAAGGCAGCCUUGCAGGACAAUUGUUAUAUCUGGAAAGGGGAUGACACCAACCCUUGUUCUGCAGCUGCUCGUGACCGCAAGUACCGACAUUUAAUAAUGUGUGCGAGUUAAACAGCAUGGCCCUCAGACAAUAAGACAAAUUUGCUCUUAGAUAGUAAGACGAUGUGGCCCUCAGUCAGUAAGACAAUAUGGCUCUCAGUCAUUAAGACAAUAGGGCUCUCAGUCAGUAAGACAAUAUCGCCCUCAGUCAGUAGGAUAAUAUGGCUCUCAGUCAGUAAUGAAAUAUGGCACUCAUUUAGAAAGACAAUAUGGCCCUCACUCAGUAAGACAAUAUGGCCCUCACUCAGUAAGACAAUAUGGCCCUCACUCAGUAAGACAAUAUGGCCCUCACUCAGUAAGACAAUAUGGCCCUCACUCAGUAAGACAAUAUGGCCCUCACUCAGUAAGACAAUAUGGCCCUCACUCAGUAAGACAAUAUGGCCCUCACUCAGUAAGACAAUAUGGCCCUCACUCAGUAAGACAAUAUGGCCCUCUCUCAGUAAGACAAUAUGGCCCUCAGUCAGUCAAACAAUAUGGCCCUCACUCAAUAAGACAAUAUAUCUCUCAGACAGUAAGACAAAAUGUCUCUCAGUAAGAAAAUAUGUCUUUCAGACAGUAAGACAAUAUGACUCUCAGACAGUAAGAUAAAAUGACUCUCAGACAGUAAGAUAAAACGGCUCUCAGGCAGUAUGACCUUAUGGCCCUCUUUCGAAACGACCAUUCGUCUCUCAGACCGUAAGACAAUAUGUCCCUCUGUCAGUAAGAGAUAUGGCCCCCAUUCAGUAAGACCAUAUGGCCUUCAGACAGUAAAACCAUAUGGCUCUCAGACAGUUAAUCAUAUGGCCCUCAGUGAGUAAGUUCAUUAUGUCCUUCAGUAAGUAAGACCAUAUGGCCCUAACAAACUGCCAAUUUCUCCUCAUAUUUCAGACGAAGACCAGACCGGAUGCCCGUACAAGCUCUGCCGGUGUGACGUAGUCUUCGCUGAAUGUCUGAAAGAGGCGGAGUUCAAUGAAUCGUUGACAAACUACAACAAAAAGAACUGCGUCCAGCAGGUGGACCUGAGUACUGUGUCUAACAGGUAGACCUGAGUACUGCGUCCAGCAGGUAGACCUGUGGCCAUGUGCGAUGUAAAUGUAUCGCCUUAAAGAAAUCGGAUUUAAACCAAAACAAUUGUUUUUUUAGAAAUUGAAAAUAUUUGAUAACACUGUUUUUCCAUUGAGAGUAAAAAAAAAAUCAUAAUAAACUUGAUUUAACAAAUAG